AUGUAUAAAUUAUUAUGUAGUAAUAUUACCAAAUCGCAUAGAUCCCUGACUAACUUUACCGGAUACUACAGGAAGGUGGCUCAGAAAUGCAACAGGGGUGCCUCGAGCAGCAAGAAAUUCCUCUCGGAGACGGACCUCCAGAACAAACAGGGGGUAGAAGAAGGCGCCGACUCGGUAGAGUGCUCAGAAGAAGCCUUGGAGACUGAGAUAAAGUCAGAUAAGAAAACCAAAUCCUACAGUUCCUUUUUUACCCAGAACAUCAGUAUCACUCCCCUGAGCCGUCCUGAAGUUAGCGCCGAACAACUCAUCGCUACAACUGCCGCACCUUCAAGAUUUUUCCAUUCCUCCACCGUGGAUAACAAAUGCAGCACCGCGGCCUUCAAAAAACCCUUCAAAAACAAAGAGGCAGAAAAAUACUACCAGUUGGCUGUCGAACAAUGCAUGGAAAUCAGAUCAAAAUUUGAUAAACUCCACCAACAAUCCAACUUUAUGAUACGACCUGCUGGACUUAACUUCGAAGUACAAAACGAGUUCGAGCACAUCGACACUAAGAACAACAAAAACAAACCGAAGCAAAAGCCGCUGAAGAAAAUACACAAAGAGAAAUUAAUGAAAAUACCCGAGCUGGAAAAAAUCGCCGAGAUGAAGACUGCGAAACCCAGAUCUCAAUUCAAACAGAGCAAAAUAAGGAUAACAUACCCCACCCACAUCGCGAGCUACAAGGUGGGUACUAAUGGAUUCAAGAUGCAGCAUACACUCAAGCAGCAGGUAGCGAAGAACAACCAAGUCAAGACCGUUUACAGGGAUCCUGUACCGGAGCCGUUACAGUUGAAGGUAAAACAUGAAACAUCUACAGAAAAAGACAAAGCCGAGGCUCAAAAAUUAAGGAACAAGACUUAUCAAAGACGUCUGCAGCGAAAAUGCAAUGAUGAUAACUCUGAAUAUGCUAAACAGCAGCUAAAAUACAACAAAAGCAUGAUGCAGCAACACCCCACCGUCCGAAAGGCAAAUUCCUCGGUUAGAAUGGCGUUCAAGAACAGAUACAAUAAGCUGUUGCAGAAGAGCGGCCUGCUGUAUCAGGCCCCAACUAAAACCAAGGAAGAGGACAAAGAUCAAGCAGAAAACCAUGACGCUAAGCGACCCACAAGUCCAAAACCAGCUCCAACCUAUAGAGACGCCGAGGAAGUACUGUUCAGAAGAACAGAAAUGCAAGAGCCGCAAGUGACUGAACACCCCAUAGCCACCGCUAAGCAAGCAAAAGUUGAAUCUUCCUUAAAAUACCCCAAACGAAUCCUGUCCGAAAAGUCUGAAAAUUACGAUAUCGACGCUACCUGUAUCAAAAACAGCAACCGUUCAAAUGUCACCACGACCUAUGGCGAUUUCAUCGCAGAGAGUGAAGAAAAAGUAAAACACUUUGUUGAAACGCAUAAACAAGAAGCUAAAGAGCUAGAAGAUCAUAAAGAUAGCAAAGGAAGCCUAAAAACAAUCGAGAAAAUACCAAGUUCCGAUGGAUUCGGUGAAUAUUUGAGGAAGCUAAAGGAGCUGAGGGACCAAACAGCCGUUGAAAGGUUGAAUAUCAAAAAAGUUGAAAUGCCGAAGCAGGAUAUGACAAAGGCCGAUAGUAAGAAGAUAAAAGAGGUGGUGACGAAAUUAGAGGAUCAAAUCGACAAAACUCCUAAAGACGAAUCUGAAAACGUUGUUGAAGUGAAAGCAGAAGUCAAGUCAGAUAUCAUUAUAGAUAAAGACAAGGGAAAGAUAAAACAAUACCCGAUAUCAGAUAAAUUCGUCGUGAAAAAGGAUGAAGACUCCCUCAUACGCAAAGCUGUGAACGUUAUAAGAGACACAGUAAUCAGAAGAACUAGACCUAAGAAAGCAAAAGUACGAAGUCAAUCGGUGGAACACUUGAGGCAAGAGAAGAGUUCUGUAACCCAAUCUAUCCCCUUAAAAAAAGUGAGAAGCGAAAACCUUAUCAAAAAAGUUCCAUCAAAAUCAGCAAAGCCCAAGACUGAUACACCUCAACCCAUAAUACGAUCCGCCCCGUUAAAGACCAAUCGAAACGAGAAUCUUUCUAAGAAAAUUAAAUCGAAACUACCAACGCCCAGCAGUAACAAAUCUCAAGAAAAAUACAAGUUUACUAGACAGGAAGUCUCGAAAGAAACGAGUAAGGCUGGAACAAACCCUCUGAAGAAGAUAAUGGACCAGUACAGGGUACCAUGCAAAACAGAAUUUAAGAUAUCUAUGGCGGAGUUAAAGAGAAUCAACAGGAGGAAGAGGAGAGAACGAGAAAAACAACUGUUGGAAGAAGUGAAGUUACAACACAGGAAACUUGAAGAGGCGAGGGAGGCCGUGGUGAAAGAAAAAGAGGCUAUAAGGGAUCACAAAUAUAAAUUAGACAGCAAAAUAUCAGAAAGUAAAUCUAAAGAAGACUUAGCAAUAGCUGAUGAGGAGUUAUUGCAACAGAAAGAAGAAAUAGCUUUAAAAGAACUAGAAAAAGACGUUCUAAAUAUGCAAGAAAAUCCAGAGCUAUUUGCUGGUAAAGCUCAAGAGGAAAGAGAGGCACAUGACACAAAAACAUAUUCGGAAGAGGAUGGUCCGAUUUUGAAGGAAAAAGAAGUACAAGAACAAGUCUCCUGUAGCACCACGGAAAUAAAAGAUGUGAAUAAUCUACAAAAUCCAGAGCAAAAUGUAGAGAAAACUGCUGUUCUGGAAGAAAAUUUGGAAAAUGUGUCAGACAAAAGGAUAAAUCAACAAAAUAAAUUGUUAGCUGAAGAGAACUUAGCAAAACUAAAAGAAUAUCCAGAAAAAAAUAAAGAUAUGAUUGCAGAAGAAAGAGGACAAAGACUGAAAACACGAGUAGCAAAUAAAAUAAUAGAAAAGAAAGCGAAGUUGGAGCAGAAUGUUCCAAACGCAAAUUAUAUUGGCCCAAAAAAAUAUUUAGAAAAAGCUUCUGAUAAAAAACAACCAUUAUAUAAAAACAACCAAGAGAUAAAUAAAAAAGCACAAGGUCCUACCAAAAUUGAAUUUCAAUAUAUGAAGAGUCAAAAUAAAUUAAAGACAAAGAAAGCUAAAGUAAAAACUCAAGUUUUGGGAAAAAGAAAAAACCUACUAACCUCCGAAGAAGCUUCCGAAAAACUUACCGAUACAACUUUAAAGAAUAAAGAAAAUCAUUUACUAACGGACGUAGAAAAACCCUAUAGCAAGAGACUGAAGGAAAUAGAAAUACAGCAGAUAAAAGGAAGUACGGAAGAUCACAAAGCUAUUGCAGGAAAACCUGCUUGCAAUAUAUUAAAGGAAAAUGCACAAAAGAAAAAUUUCCAAAAAGUGGCAAAAAAAGUGACAGAACAGAGACAGUCUUCAGCAGAAGAUCUAAAAAUUAUUUCAAAACAAAUUGAGAAUGCCCUUUUAGCAGAAAAAAGAAUGGAGGUAUCACAAAAAGAUGCAGACAAAGAUAAUAGUAUAACAACAGAAGAAAAAUUAGAAAUAUAUCCUGACACUAGUGAAGAAGUUAAAGAAAAAUAUAUUUUAGACACUAAAUCAAAGUCUGUGAUACACGUACAAAAAGAACCUGCCAAAGAAAAUUUAGAAAACACACCAGAGAAGUUAUCUGAGGAAAAUAAUAAAAAGGAUUCAAGUACUGAGUUAGAAAAGUCUAGUACGCCUCUGAAAGAAAAAGCAUUGCAGAUGUUAAAAGAAAUCGCAAGAAAGACUGGUAGUGAGGAGAUAGAAGAAAAGAAAAAUCAACAAACAAAAAAGAGUUUAGAAAAUGAUAGUAACACUCUACAGGAAGUUAAAGGCAAGUAUCUGUUAGAAGCUAACUUAAAUAAGACAGACAGGAGUAUACUAAGAGAGACAGUAAAAGAAAAUAUAAAAACGGCAAAUACCGGUUCUGAGAUAACGAGGAGUACGAAAGAAGCUGCUGUGAAAGGUAAUAGCGAAAAAAGGGAAGAAACAGAACAACAUAAAUUGGAAAAAGGUUCAGAAAAACCCACCGAUAUUGUUCAGGAUGUUAAAGAAAAGUAUUUGCUAGAAGCUAAUUUAAAAAAGGUAGUCAAUAACAUACUGCAAGAAGAGACAUUAAAAGAAAAUUUAGACAGGAUGCCAGAAAAAUCACCUGCAAAAAGUAACUUGAACGAGUUAAAAGUUUCGAAAGAAAUUGAUAGUAUGACUUCAAAAGAAAAAGACAUGCACAUGCUGAAACUAGAACAAGAAGAGAACUUAAGAGAAAGUUUAGAAAAGCACAGCAACAUUGCUCCAGACAUUAAAGGAAAGUAUAUGUUAGAAAAUAGUUUAAAAAAAUCUACCGACGAUGUCCUCGAAGAACAGUCACAGAAGGAAAAUGUAUCGAAUCCAUCAUCAUUGGAAGAUAAUUUGGUAAAAUCAGAUAAUACUUCAAAACAAAACUUUAGCCCAACCUUAGAAGUUAAGGACAAGGAAGAGCAGACAUUAAAAAAGGAUGCAGAAAAAUGCGGUAGUACGGUGUCCGAAGAAGAAAAGAAAGAGACGGCAGAAGAGAGGGCAAAAAUUAAUAUCAGCAAUGUUCUGGAAGAAAUAAGAAAACACAUUCCACAUAUAAAUAUAAAAAACCUAUUGGAAGAACAAACGCCAAAGAAAGAGAAAAAUGUAUCAGAUUCAAAGGAUUCUCCACAACAAAAGGAAUAUAUAGUGGAAGACAGAGAAAAAAUAUGCAAAAAGACAGAAGCAAAGGAUGUACAAAAAUUGGAAAGGGACCUAGAAAAAUAUUCCCCAGAAACAAGAGCUAAGACUACACUGAACGAACAACCUUCAUAUAAUGAAAAAUCAUUGCUUGAUAACAGUAUGCAGGAAAAAAUGGCAGAAAGUAGCGCCCCACUUUUUGUCACGAGAAACAAAUUAGAAGGAAAGCAACCUGACGCCAAGCCUCCAAUAAAAGAAAACAGCAUGGUAAAUAAAAUAAACGAGUUUCAACAGGGAAACCUAAUGAAACCGAAAGAAGCCAGUACGAGAUUAGUGAAGCUGGUCAAGAAUAUUGAUCUUAUGAAGCCCACACAAAAGGUGGAAGAGAAAAUUGAAAAGUCCACAGUUCCCGAGAACAGACCGACGAUCAGGAGAGAACAACCACCUAAACCUACAGACAAACACAAAAAGGAGAAGCCCAAAUCGAAGACGGACAUAGUUUUACCCCCCAAAGGCAGAAACGACCCGAAAAUGCAACACACAACCAGGAAUGCCACUUUGGAUGAUCCAAGAAGGAAUUUUAUAGAAGAGAUCAACGAAGCACUUAGUAAAAUUACUCACUCAUCGCUAAGGAGAGAAGAAACCAAGAAAUGUAAAUCUUUAGCGGAUUUGGCUGAAGAACAAAAGGCUAAAAUACUGAAAGAGAUAGAGGUGACAUGGAACAAAGAAAAUGAUAAGACAAGAGAUAAAAACGAGGCUUCAAAAGAUGAACUAGAAGUAAGUUCAAAGGAACAAGAGGAAUUAGGAACAGCAAACUUAAAUAAACUAAAAAACGUUAGGGAGUGUUAUGAGAGCAUCAUAGAUAUGCAGGAGAAGCGUAAGCUAAAUGUGGACAAUGCCACAUUCUGCCUAAGUGUGACAAAAAGUAGAGAUGGUAUUAAAAAUAACAGCACUUGGAAUGAGGAACAUCCUAGAUUAAUCGUCAAAUUAAGAUACAAGGGUGAAAAUGAAUAUGAAAAACCAAACGAUAUGUCAACAAAUUGCAGGUCAGAAUAUGCUAUGGGUAAGUCCGCCAGUUGCUUUACAACACCCCAGAAGACUUCAAAGGACGGAACAUCGACAGAACCGCAGAUACCUAACUUUACUGUACUUAAAGGAAAUUCCGACAUGCCACAAUUUGACAACGGUGAAGGUUUGUCGGCUUUACAUUUUAGGAGAACGAAAAAAGCCAGAAUCGAAGACGAUUUCUUAAAAAUACAACCUAGAGUCUUAAAUGUUGGAUACACCCCAAAAGAAGACUCAUGGCACAGCCAAAACGACUUGGAUUUUAACUUUACAAAGCUGAAAAAAGCCAGAAUUGAGGAUGAUCAUAUCAUGUAUGAAAUAAAAGACGUAAAGGAAUCCCCAGAACAAACACACAAUGAAAACGAUGUUGAGGAAGCCAAAGCCGACAUAGUAAAUGAAAGGUGGUGUAGUAAUGGAGAUACAGCUUUUUGCUUUCAAAAACAACAACGAAAAAAGAUAGAAGAUGACACGCGAGUAAAAGAAAUUCUGUCGGGAAAAGGUGAAUACGAUUCUAUUAAAAAAAUUUCAUCUCAAAGUACCAUUUUAGAUCAAUCGAGCAGCAUUGGGAAGGAGGAGAUUGUCAGGAAAGUGGAAGCAAAGUUUGAAGACCUAGAGGAUGAAAUAAAUAGAUCAGUCAAAGAGGAACCUCUUAAAAAUCUUUCGAAAACAGAACGUAGCAAAAACGACACAAAGACUGCUACUGAAAAAUCAGAUAUAAAACACAAAGUUGAAGCCAGUGGUUCUAAAAUACCAGUUAAAGAAGAUUCUCAAAUCAAAACCAAUAUAGAGAAAUUGAUAAAUGUGAUGAAGAAAGCUGACAAAGAACUAGAAGAAGUUCUAAAAGUCUAUGAGAUCCUCAAAUUGCCCCAAACCCAAUAUCGAACUCUAGUUAAGCCUGCAGAUUACAACAAUACAAAACAGGACAAUGUUGAAAUGAAAGAAGAAUGUUUAAAGUUUAAAGAAAAUAUUGCACUACUAGCUGGUAAACAGUCCAAAAAUAUCAACAAAAAACAAGACAAAACCGAAACAAAAGAAACCAACUUAAAAUUAAAAGAAAACACUGAAUUGGUGGCCACAAAAAAGACUGAAAAUUACAAUAGCGUAAAACAUGACAAGGCUGAAACAAAAGAAAGAUGCUUAAAGUUAAAAGAAGGUACUGAAGCGGUUGCUGUUAAAAAGAAUGAAAAUUACAAUAGCGUAAAACAUGACAAGGUUGAAUCAAGAGAAAAAUGCUUAAAGUUAAAAGAAAGCACUGAACUGGUAGCUGUUAAAAAGGCUGAAAAUUACAAGGGUGCAAAACCAGACAAAGUUGAAACGACAGAAAGAUGCCUAAAGUUAAACGAAGGCACUGAAGCGGUUGCUGUUAAAAAGAAUGAAAAUUACAAUAGCGCAAAACAUGACAAGGCUGAAACGAAAGAAAGAUGCUUACAGUUAAAAGAAGGUACUGAAGCGGCUGAAACCAAGGAAAGAUGCUUAAAGUUAAAAGAAGGUACUGAAGCGGUUGCUGUUAAAAAGAAUGAAAAUUACAAUAGUGCAAAACAUGACAAGGCUGAAACGAAAGAAAAAUGUUUAAAGUUAAAAGAAAACACCGAACUGAUUGCUGGCAAAAAGGUCGAAAAUUACAAUAGCAUAAAACAAGACAAGGCUGAAACGAAAGAAAAAAGCUUAAAGUUAAAGGACAGCACCGAACUGGUAGCAGACAAAAAGACUGAAAAUUACAGUAGCACGAAACAAGACAAGGAAAAAUGCUUAAAGUUAAAAGAAAACACCAAAUUAGUAGCUGUCAGAAAGGCUAAAUCAACAGCAAAAGAUUCAAAAACAUAUAUGGUGUCAGCUAGUGGAGAAAAGUGUUCCAAUAAAGACAACAUGGGGAUUAGAAACGAAACAGAAAAGGAAGGGAGGGAUAAAGUUCCAAAGAAACUAUCGACACCUCAGAGUGAGAAAAAGGAAUGUAAAUUAAAUGAAAAGUCAACAAAAACCACUGUUAAACCACACAAAUAUUUGUUAAUGGCUGGCAUCCAAAAACAAGCAAAAAGACAAUUAAGAGGAAGCAGUGAAGAAGCAAAAGGUAACAAUAACAAAACCACGACAGGAUGCGCUCAGAGGCAACCGAAAAGAGCGAAGAUCUGUCACAAAGACGAAAAAAAAACAGAUAGCACCACUAAAACUGGCAAGCAGGAAUGCAAUGAAAAAGAUAUACUAAAACAAUGCAAAAAAAGUUCUGGUAAGAAAAAUCUGCUUUGCCCCCCUGUAAAAAUUAAGAGUGCAAAGCUGGAUUGCAGCAAAUACGAAGACAAGAAGGAAAUCAAAGAGCCAGCCCUUGACAAAAAUGGCUCACCUCAAAAUAGCGGUGGCGAGACGAGUAAAGAAUAUUCUGACAGUAAAUUGAUUGUUCAAAUGUUUACGAACGAUGGUAAAGAGACGUUAGGGAACAAAAUUGUAGUGACUUGCAACAACUGCCUACCAGGAGAGAGUCUGAAUGAGAGAGAUAAGACUGAAGAAAGAAGGGAAAAACAGGAGAAGCCAGUUGAGAUCCCAGGUAAGAGAAAAACUAAAGUAAGAGCUCAGCCGAUGCAUGGUACCAACAUUCGGCAACAAGAAUCCAAAAAUAUACUAGUUACGAACACCGUAGAUGAAUCCAGAUCAAAAGCAGUGAUACAGAUAUCAAAUGAUUUAGAGCAUACGAACUUUGCAGAACAACUCUGUAAAAGUAAACUGAAAAUUAUAACACUUGCGAGGAACGUAAGGGAAAACAUUUUUCAAACGAAAUAUAUGUUGGACAAACAGAUAGAGGUUUUAGAAACCAUCGCUUUACCACACCUAGGUGCCUCUACAGUAACAACAGACUGCACCAACACUAUUCUUGAGGAUAAAUGUGAUACAGUUGAAGAAAAAGAGAAAGAAAUAGUAAAUAGGGACCCGUCUGGGGAAGUUCUCUAUAGUAAAGGUGAAAAAGUAGUUACAUUGUUCGAGAAAAAAUUAAUGGACGUCAGUAAGACGUUACUCCAAGGAAAAUCAGCGCAUGAUUUGGAAAACGAGGAAUUCAAAGGUUUUUCUGGUCAAACAGAGAAUAUGGAGGAAUCUAAUGGCUGUACGUCAAAAGGAAACUUAAAAAGUAACAGUGGAGACUGUAAAAAAAGCUAUUCAGAUCAAAAUCAAAUUAAACACGUGAAAUUUGAAAAUUCUCUAAUGAAAUUAGAAGGCAAGGAACAACAACAAGACUCUAAAGAAAGGGUUGUGAACCAUACAGAAGAAAAACUAUUCAAAUUUAGCAACAACUAUUUAGACUACGCGUAUAAGAAAGUCAGGCACAUACUAUCAAUAGUUAAUGAUGAAAAUAUAUAUUUGGCGGAAGAAAACAGUGGAGCUAACAAAGAAAUACAAAAAUUAGGAAAGAUAAAUAAGGAUGGAAAGUUGCCAGAGGAAAAAUCAGAAAGUAAAAGUUUGGUUGAACUCAAACAAGAUGAGAUAUUGGAAAAAAAUAAAGAAGGUAAUAAAUUGUUAGGAAUCGAAUAUUGCGAGUAUCAGAAUACAAAGAUCGACAGCAAAAAACUAGAAUCAGAGAUCGAGAAAUGUUGCUUAAAUUGGAAAUACAACACUAUGGAAACAAACAUCAAACACAACUUAGAACAAAAACUUCACAUGAAGAAGUUGGGAAAAGUAAGUCAAGAAAUUGGCCAACAAGGGGGAGAUGAAAAUGUCCAAACAAAGACAGAACCUACCGAAAAUCAGAACACUGAAGAAAAUGAAUUAGAAAAGAAAAGCGAGCAAAAUUUUACUGAUAAAAAAUUAUUAAAAACUCAAAACUCUACCACAGAAGUUGGAAUAAAACCAAACUCGAUGUUAAUAGCAUUAGAAAAUAAAAGCACUAAUGUGACAUCCUCAAUGAAGAACCCAGGUUCAAAUCAACUACAAUCAUUUGCAUCUCUCUGUAACCUGGAAGAAAAUUCAUCAAAAAGUAACAGAUUAACUUCGAUAACAGAGCCAUGCUUAAAAUAUUUCAGUUUCAACAUAUUACACAACGAUACUAAGCCAGAGGAAAAAAGCAAAUAUAAAUAUACAAGUCAGAGGAUAAGACAACAUUUAAUAAGAAAGAACAAUUAUAUUGAAAAUAAGGAUGGAAAGUUGCCAGAGCAAAGAUCAGAAAGCAAAAGUUUGGUUGAACUCAAACAAGAUGAGAUAUUGGAAAAAAAUAAUAAAGAAGGUAAUAAAUUGUUAGGAAUCGGAUAUUGCAAGUAUCAGAAUACAAAGAUCGACAGCAAAAAAUUAGAAUCAGAGAUUGAGAAAUGUUGCUUAAAUUGGAAAUACAACACUAUGGAAACAAACAUCAAACACAACUUAGAACAAAAACUUCAUAUGAAGAAGUUGGGAAAAGUAAGUCAAGAAAUUGGCCUACUUCAACAUGGAAAUGAGGUUUUUGCAAAGGAAAGGGGAGAUGAAAAUGUCCAAACAAAGACAGAACCUACCGAAAAUCAGAACACUGAAGAAAAUGAAGUAGAAAAGAAAAGCGAGCAAUAUUUUACUGAUAAAAAAUUAUUAAAAACACAAAACUCUACCACAGAAGUUGGAAUAAAACCAAACUCGAUGUUAAUAGCAUUAGAAAAUAAAAGCACUAAUGUGACAUCCUCAAUGAAGAACCCAGGUUCAAAUCAACUACAAUCAUUUGCAUCUCUCUGUAACCUGGAAGAAAAUUCAUCAAAAAGUAACAGAUUAACUUCGAUAACAGAGCCAUGCUUAAAACAUUUCAGUUUCAACGAUAUCAAGCCAGAGGAAAAAAGCAAAUAUAAAUACACAUGUCAGAGGAUAAGACAACAUUUAACAAGAAAGGACAAUUAUAUUGAAAUAAAUAAAACGAAAGAAAGCGAGAAAAGACCCUGGCAUGGCAAAGAUAGAUCAUUAUAUAAGAAGCAAAAGACUGGAAUUGAAGUUAUUGGAAACAGAUAUAAACCACAACAAAAAAAUGAAUACACAUACACCAGUCAAAAAAUAAAACAGUCUUUGAUGAGAAAAGAAGAAAACAAUAUAAAAAAUAAUACAAUGAAUGUGAAUAAAAAGAGAAUCCGGGACAUACAUGAUGAAAGUGUAUCGAGGACAUCAUCGCAUUUGAAAAAGAGACAAAAAACAGUUCCUAAAAUUACCGAAAAGAGGUACGUUAUUCAGGAUUAUUCUGAACUAGGAGCCAGAAGGAAAAAAAUAUUUGCUAACAUCAACGAAAUCUCCCACAAAACUGGUUCUAAGCUAGAGGUUACUAAAGAAAAACGCAAGGUUGAAAAGCAGGAACAAGAGAGGAAAGUCAACGAAGACAGAAAUGAGAACAUAUCUCAAAUUUCUGGCAUACUGCUGGAAGUAUCACCAGAAAAUACUGAUAUGAAAUGUCAAAGUGAAAUACAGACUGCAAGUGAAAGUUGUAAGCAAAAAAGGGAUUUAGACGAGGAAAGUAGCAACAGCGGAAGUAAAGAACUGUUACCACAGUGUUUUGUGAAAAGCAGGGAAGACAUCCAGAAAACAGUCAUGGGGUCACUCAGUUUCUCCGAAAAAUUAAUGCGAAAGUUAUCGCCAAACAAGAUGGAUUACGAUCCAACGAAAGGUCCAAUGAAAGCCCGUAUCGAGCAGAUCUUUAAGAAACACUACAAGGAAGAGGAAACGAUCUACAGGUUCAACAAAAACCUUAUAAGGCACCUACAGCAGCUGUGCGAGAAAACCCCACUUGUGUUUCAGAAGCCCAGAGUUACGGAAAUAAACGAAAUGCAGAAAACGCUGUACAAGUUCCUAGCGACGGAGAUGAAGAAACCAAUCAGUGAAAGUCCCGUGGGAUUUUCUUUGUUCAAAAAGUGCAACAAGUGGGAAGGCAUUGUUUAUUAUUCUAAAGAUAAACAAAAAAGGUUACCAAACGAUUCGUCAGAGAAAGAACCAAAAGCAGUGUCGAAAAGAAGCGUAACGUUCUUCAUCGAAAAAGCACCAAGGGAUAGGUACAAGAAGGAAAGCUCCGAGGUGCCCCUUAAACCUGUAACGAGAUCUUGCGAACGGCUCUGCAUGCCGCUGAAAGCUAUAUCUCAAGUAGCCCUGAAACCAUCGGUAGAAGAAAUGACGACUUUAAACAAGUAUCACAUUGGAAAAACGAAUGCAAUUUCUACAAUCAUUCCCAACAUAUUGGACAAGUACAAGGGUUUAAAAAUAACAUACAUAAACAUAAAAAGACCUAUGAGGAAGUCCGAGGAAGGAUUCCUGCCAACAAUCCUCACUAUGAGGGACAAAAACGAGUUGAAAGCUUUGGAAAAGGCCAAUGAUCCUGAUACCAUAAAAAGGCAAAUCUUGGAGUUCAGAUACGAAUUGUUGCGUAAGUUACACAGAGAGUUUAGCGCUUUGUAUGAGAAAGACGUUAAUAAAAACAUUGGAAAAUUUGAGAUAGUGUCAAAGUACUACAAGUCGGUAAAAGCAAAUUUAAAAAACAAGUUGAAAGAUGAAGUGGUGACGAAACUUCAAUCGAAAUCGAUGGAUGAACUGUUAGGGCCUUCUUCCAAACCAUCUUUUGAAAGAGUUUCUCGCUACUACAACAUCAUAAUGGACAAGAACAAGGAGAGGGAUGGAGAAGGAACGAGCCAAGAGGUUUGGAAUAACGCAAAUACUCUUGUACAGAAGUUAUCAGAGGAAACCACUGAGAUCGACAAGAGCAGGAACGACUGCAAAGGGGUGGAACAUAUUUUAACGAAGAGCAAGAAGAAGGAAAAUAAUGAUGAAAAAGAUCCAGAGGAUCCCAAAAAACAGAAUUAA